CUAUUUUAUUGGACCUUUGCACAUGCUUUCUUCAGUCUUCCUGUGUUUCUUGCUGCUUAUGGAAGAAGCUCUUUCUGUAGGACUUAGUUUCUAGCACCAUUACCUGAGCAACAUCGCAGACUCUUGCAGGACAUACAGGUCUGAGAGAAUGGAGUUCUUAUUUGAGUUUCUAUUCUCUCCAUUGCCCACCUCGGCACUGGUGUUUUUGUUCGGGCUCGGUGCAGUCGCCCUGACUUAUCUUAACACCAGGCCCAAGCCCCUGCGGCCGCCUGUCGAUCUGAACAGACAGACUGUGGGAAUUGCGGGUGGAGCCAGGAAGAGUGCAAUUCUAAAAGAUGAUAACUUAAUAUCCUAUUUAUACAAAGAUGCCAAAACUCUGUAUGAGGUUUUCCAAAGAGGAUUACAUGCUUCAGGAAAUGGGCCUUGUUUAGGACACAGAAAGCCUGGGAGGCCAUACCAAUGGCUAAAAUACAAACAGGUUUCAGAUAGGGCUGAGUAUUUGGGCUCUGCACUGCUCCACAGAGGACUGGAGCCCUCGCCAAACUCAUUCAUUGGCAUCUUUGCUCAAAACCGGCCAGAGUGGAUUAUCUCUGAAUUGGCCUGCUAUACAUAUUCCAUGGUGGCAGUUCCUCUGUAUGACACUCUGGGUCCUGAGGCACUUGUCUUCAUCAUUAACAGAGCCAACAUCUCUACAGUACUUUGUGACAAGCAGGAAAAAGUGGAGACUCUUCUUGCUAACUGUGAAAAAAGUCUUACCUCUGUGCUCAAAACUAUCAUUGUUAUGGACCCAUUUGAUGCAGCUGUGACAGAACGAGCAUCCAAGUGUGCAGUAGAAAUCUUGAGUCUAAAGGAUGUGGAGGCUCUGGGGAAAGAUAAUCUUCGAAAGCCAAUUCCACCUAAGCCAGAAGACUUGAGUAUUGUGUGCUUUACCAGUGGAACUACUGGUGAUCCAAAAGGAGCCAUGUUAACCCAUGAAAAUGUAGUAUCGGAUUCUGCUAGCUUUGUUAAAAGCUUUGAGAGUGCCUUCACUCCACUUUCCUCUGAUGUGUUGAUCUCCUUCCUGCCGCUGGCUCACAUGUUUGAGAGAGUUGUGCAGACAGUGCUGUAUAGUGUGGGUGGAAGGGUAGGUUUCUUCCAAGGAGACAUCAAACUACUUCCUGAUGACAUGAAAGCCCUGAAGCCCACAGUUUUCCCAGUCGUCCCACGUCUUCUCAAUCGUGUAUAUGACAAGAUUCAAAGUGGGGCCCAGACUCCAUUCAAGAAAUGGAUCCUGAACUUUGCUGUUGAAAGGAAACAUGCAGAGGUGAAGCGGGGCAUCAUCAGAAACAACAGCAUAUGGGACAAGCUCAUCUUUCACAAAGUGCAGGAAACUCUUGGGGGAUCUGUGCGGGUGAUGGUGACAGGUGCUGCUCCUAUUUCACCUGCUGUGCUCAGAUUCCUCAGAGCAAGCCUCGGUUGCCAGAUAUUUGAGGCAUAUGGCCAAACCGAGUGCACAGCUGGCUGCACCAUUUCGCUGCCUGGGGACUGGACAACUGGACAUGUUGGAGUACCUGUUCCGUGUAAUAUAGUUAAACUAGUAGAUGUCGAGGAGAUGAACUAUUUCGCAUCAAAUAAUGAAGGAGAGGUUUGUAUAAAAGGGAAGAAUGUGUUCUGUGGAUAUUUAAAUGAUCCAGAGAAGACAGCUGAGGCCCUCGACCAGGAUGGAUGGCUACAUACUGGAGACAUUGGCAAAUGGCUUCCGAAUGGAGUUUUGAAGAUCAUCGACAGAAAGAAGAAUAUUUUUAAACUGGCCCAAGGCGAGUACAUUGCCCCCGAAAAGAUCGAGAACGUGUACAUUCGAUGCGGUACAGUCGCUCAACUAUUUGUUCAUGGGGACAGUCUACAGUCCUGCUUAGUGGCCAUUGUGGUGCCAGAUGCUGAGACACUACCUGGCUUGGCUGAGAAGCUCGGAGUAAAGGGUUCGUUUAAGGAACUAUGUAAAAACCAGCAAAUUAAGAAGGCUAUCCUCUCUGACCUUGUAAAACUGGGGCGUGACGCAGGGCUCAAAUCCUUUGAACAAGUGAAAGACCUGCAUCUCCACUCUGAGCAGUUCACUAUAGAGAACGGCCUUCUUACUCCAACGCUUAAAGCUAAAAGAGGUGACCUCAGCAAGUUCUUCAAAAACGAGAUUGAAAAUCUUUACGCUAAGCUGCAGUGAUGCACCAACAAAGGCCAUAUGGAUCGCGUUUCUGUGACCUACUGACCAACUCAGAGUACCAAAAGAACACACACACCAUUACGCUUGGCUGUGGAUCACAAGGUUUAUAGAUAUUUACUGUAUUGGCUUUAUAGAAGACUUGAGUCAGCUUGACUGUGUCCCUUAUGCCUUGUUAUAUACCUGAAUGUACAUAUUAAUGGAAUACUCUGUUUUCAACAUCUGUAUACACUGCAAUUGUAGUAUAUGUGAGAUUUCCAAGGACAAUCAUUUCAUUAUGUCUUCUUAUACCUAGAAUUAAACUGAAAGGAAUUCAUGCUCAGUUGGAAUAGAAGCUUAAGGGCAGUUGUUGAAUUUUGUCAAUAACCGUGAAAUGUGCACAUAUAUAACACAAACACAAAAGUCUUUUCAUAUCUAAAUAGCUAUAGGGAUAACUGAAUAACAUUGUUCGAUAAGUAGCAUAUUUUUUUCAAAAAUAUGUACACUGGGGAAAUACAGUAAAAUGGUCUUGGUUAAACAUAAAUUCAAUUUUAAAUAAAUAUUUAAAAUAUUUAAAAAACUAUUUAAAAGUUUUGUUUACAAAUGUUUUAGACUUAAGAAUUAUUAUAUAAUAUAAUUAAGUUAUUAAAAAUGCUUUCAUACAGAAAUUCACCGACUGCCCUUAAACUUUUAUUACAAAGUGUGUUUUUAUUCAAACAUUUUUUUUGUUUGUUUUUUUAGUACAAGGAAAUGUGUUAAAACACUUGUUUCACUACAGUUGCAGUACACAAAGAUUUGGCUGGAAAAUGCUGAAUCCUUUCAUUUAACGCUAUGUACAUUUGAAAAUAUUAAGCACUGAAAAGCAGAAUUACUGAAUAAUUUAUUUCCAUUGUUCUUUUAUAUAUAUUAUAUAAAAAAAAACAAGAUAACCUUAUACAGAACAGAAAUGUUUACUUUUCUAUUGUGUGGUUUACAUCAGUUUUACAAAAAUAAUCAAAAAUAAAAUAAUAAUAAAAAAAAAUUUCUGUACAAAGAA